GCUCAGGUGUAAAGAGUGCUCACCUAUAUGAAAACAAGCUGUACUUAUCAUGAGUACUACUAGGUGGGCUAGGAAUAGUAUCAAGCGCUUACACUCGCCGUCGUACUCUACAAAUUCGCACCCGGUCACGGCGAAAUGGCUGCAGCGCAUCCUCGAGGAUCACUCCGAACCGCCUAGGUUGUACGCCUGGACAGCGGCAAACCUACCCACUGCUAAUGCGAGACCGUGCCGCGGCAGCACGUCAUCGGCGGAGGUAUCGAGCGCGAGUGAGGAGCGCCGACGUAUAUACAUCCUCGGCGUCGGCAACAUCGGCCGUCUGUACGCCGUCUGCCUCGCCAAGAACCCCGAUAGACCUCCCAUCACGCUCGUCGUUCGCCGGAAGGGGCUCCUGACUCAAUGGCGCAAUAGCCCUGGUAUCGAGGUCGUGCACGGGGACGGCGGUUCGGACCGCAGCGCGGAUUUCGACGUCGAGUGGUGGACCGAGGAGAAGCCGCUCUGCGGCCCGGUCAGGGAACCGGGUGGCGGUCGUGCUAGCAGUUCAAGUACAGACUUAGGCUCGGGCUCGGUUGAAAGCGAAGGUGGAAGCGGAAACACGAGGAUCAGGAAUCUGAUCGUAGCAACCAAAGCCGCACACGCGAUGCCCCAGAUCGACCGCGUGAGGAGGUACCUCGGCCCCGAGACGGAAGUCGCGUUCUGCCAGAACGGGAUGUGCAAGCUCUGGCCGCCGCUCGGUGAGGCGUAUGCCAGGCACAAGUGGGGCGAAGGGGGGAGGGGACCGAGGUGGCGCGCUUGCGUCACGACGCAUGGGGUCACGGCGCUGGGCCCGUUUCGGAGUUUGCUGGCUUCGCCGGCGGGCGUGGCGGUUGGAGCUGUGGGAGGGGGACGGUCUGAAGGGGAGGCGGAGAAGGAGGUGGAGAUGGAGACGGAUUACUUGAUCGAGAGGAUUGUGCGGGCGCCGGGGUUGGCGGCGCAGAGGGUCGCGACGAGGGAAUUGUGGGUGGCGCAGCUGGAGAAGCUGGUGGUCAAUUCGGUGAUUAAUCCGCUGACGGCGGUGCUGGGGUGUAAGAAUGGAGUGGUUUUCGAGGAUGGCGGGGAUGGGGUGCGGGAUGUGGUUGAUGGGUUGUUGGACGAGGCGGGGAGGACGCUGAGGGGGUUGGUGAGAGAUGAGAGUACGGAUGGGGUUCUGUUGUCAGAGGAUGAGGGCGAAGAAGGUGAAGGGGGGAGUGAGGAAGAGAGGCUUGAGAAGGUGAGAGCGGAGCUUGUAGAGAGGUUCUCCUUUGCGAACUUGCGGAAGAUGCUGUACGCUGUCGGCGAGAAGGUGGCGGAGAAUACGAGCUCGAUGCUGCAGGAUGUCAGGGCGGGGAAGGAGACCGAGAUCGAGGAUUUCAAUGGCUGGCUAAUCGAGACGGCGAGGUAUCUCGGUGACGAGGACGGGCUGCCGGCGCAUGAGAAGUUGAUUGCUUUGGUUGUGGAUGGAAAGACACUAACGAAAGGCGAAUUGGUUAGACAUUUCCUUGGGAGAUAGAUAUAGGCGUGAAAUUACGGGCUCAUCCGCGCAAGACCUCUCUUUUUUUAAAAAAAAAAAUUUAAAAAUUAAAAAAAAUAGGGGCUCGGAUUUCUACAACGUAGGAGUAGCGUAUCUGUUUUAGGUCUUCCAGAUGAGCGCCUAGUGAGGAGACUCUCGCCAUUACAGAGCGCCUUCCGAUUGCCCUUCAGGCUAUUGACAGUUCUUACACAAAGCUUCUUAUAAAGGGACUGGAUGAUUUGGAAUAUUGGACCAUUAAGUGAUAUUUGUUACCUUUGAACACUACGUCGACUAAUUAUCGUGGUCCCAUACUGGUUCACAGACCAGUAUCUCCAGUUGUCAAUUUAAGGGGUAGGUUA